AUGCUCAAGAAAGACAAAUGGUAUAUAAUCUUCGGCCUGAUAAAGAAAGGACCAUGUCACAGAUUAACGAUUCGUUUUUAUUAUAAUGUUUUUACUCGUGAUUGCCUGCUAUUCGUUUAUGGUGGAUGUGGCGGAAACAGAAACAAUUUCCAAACUUUAGAGGAAUGCCGCCGUUUUUGUGCUCCAAGUAUGUUUACCAAUUUCAAAGUCUAUACAGUAUUCAGCUGGCAAUUACAUUUUAAAUUAAUAUGUAGAUUUCACGAUGGUAUUGUUUCCCCCCCCAGCAAUAAAGACAAAUGGUAUGUAAUCUUCGGCCAGAUAAAGAAAGGACCAUGUCACAGAUUAACGAUUCGUUUUUAUUAUAAUGUUUUUACUCGUGAUUGCCUGCUAUUCGUUUAUGGUGGAUGUGGCGGAAACAGAAACAAUUUCCAAACUUUAGAGGAAUGCCGCCGUUUUUGUGCUCCAAGUAUGUUUACCAAUUUCAAAGUCUAUACAGUAUUCAGCUGGCAAUUACAUUUUAAAUUAAUAUGUAGAUUUCACGAUGGUAUUGUUUCCCCCCCCAGCAAUGUCGCAUUAUCCUAGA